AUGUCGGCGAAACUUCCUUCAGUCACUCAUCGUUGCUGCCAGCUGGCAGCUCGGACGCAAAAACGCAGCCUUUCCUCCCAGUGCCUCCGACUUUCCUCCACCAGCUCCGCAAAUCAGCAUAGACGAAGGAAUAGCUUAGCACCCUCACAAUGUUCGCGGAGAUGGCAGUCGACCGAUGCAGCUGCAACGCCUACAAACCCUAAGAUAGCUGGGAUUGUGGAUCAAAUAUCACAGUUAACAUUGCUGGAGACAGCAGAUCUUGUUGCAAGCUUGAAGUCACGGCUCAAUAUUCCUGACAUGGCUUUCGCUGCUCCGGCCGCUGCUGCUGGCGGUGCUGCCGCAACUCCGGCUGCCGAAGCAGAGGCAGCAGAAGAAGCCGCGCCUGCCCCCGCUGAAAAGACGAUGUUCACACUCAAACUCGAUUCCUUCGAUGCUGCUGCCAAGCCCAAGGUCAUUAAGGAAGUGAAAGGAUUGCUCGGCCUGAGUUUAGUGGAUUCAAAGAAAUUCGUCGAGAGUGCACCCAAAGUGAUGAAAGAGGGCGUGCCCAAGGAGGAUGCAGAGAAAAUUGUUGCGGCCAUGAAGGCUCUGGGGGCUGUUGUGUCCAUGUCAUAA